AUGUCCAAAUACUCUGUCAUAUUACCCACCUAUAAUGAGAGAAGGAACUUACCUAUCCUUGUCUAUUUGUUAAAUAAAACAUUUACUGAAAACAAAUUAGACUGGGAGGUUGUCAUUGUUGACGACAACUCGCCUGAUGGUACCCAAGAAAUUGCAAAGAAAUUGAUCGAUAUUUACGGCACUGAACAUAUUCAAUUACGUCCUAGAGCUGGUAAAUUGGGAUUGGGCACUGCUUAUGUUCAUGGCUUGCAAUAUGUGACUGGAGAUUUUGUAAUUAUCAUGGAUGCUGAUUUCAGCCAUCACCCGGAAGCAAUCCCUCAAUUCAUUGCCAAACAAGAGACCGAAGAUUUUGAUAUUGUCACUGGGACUAGAUAUGCCGGCGAUGGUGGUGUUUAUGGUUGGGAUUUCAAGAGAAAGUUAAUUUCAAGAGGAGCCAAUUUUCUCGCCACUGUUGUGCUUAGACCAAACGUUAGCGACUUGACUGGAAGUUUUAGGUUAUACAAGACACCAGUGUUGAAAAAGAUUAUCGACGUCACCCAAUCGAAAGGGUAUGUUUUUCAAAUGGAGAUGAUGGUGAGAGCUAGAAGUUUAGGAUUCACCGUUGGUGAAGUCCCAAUCAGUUUCGUUGAUAGGUUAUAUGGAGAGAGUAAGCUAGGCGGUGAUGAAAUUGUCCAGUAUGCCAAAGGUGUCUGGUCUUUAUUUACUAGUGUAUAG